AUGGCUCAAACAGAAGACUCGUCGCUCACCGUCCUCAGCCUCGCCGAACCGCUCCUUGCCGCCCACGACAGCGCCGACCGCCUCACCAAAUCCUCCCUGGACGCCGAGCUCGAGCACUACAAGGAUCUCUUUUCCAAACUGCGCUUUUCCUAUGUCGAACAAGUCACAAAAGAGGGCUUCCUCAAGGCAAUCGUCGCCGAUCCUCCUCAGCUAGUCGAUGCUGCCGAGAAUGCCCGUCUGGAACAUGACCUAGCCCAGGCCAAGGCUGCUCUCAAGGCCAAGAAGGAACACACCAACCAGAAAGUCCAGGAGCUGCAAGAACUGGGAAGCCGUUUAGCACAAUGUGAGUCCCCCUUCGACACGUCUCUCCAACCUCAUCCACUAACAAGGCACCCAGCUCACGAACUGAUCCAAUUGCAAACCACACAACUGCACGCCCUGCCUGCCGACAUUCACAAUCUCGAACUCACCAUCGCAAACCUCAAAGCUGCCCAGGAAGCGCCCUCGUCCUUGCCCAUGCUCAAUCUUCCUCUCCUCGCUACAAACCGACUGCUGUCAGAAAAGGAUUCAGACCUUGCUCGACUCGAUCGCGAAAUCGCACAAUUGCAAUCUACCCUGCCUGACAAGAAACGCCAUGUCGCGGCCCUAAAGGCCGACCUGGACCCCGUUGAAUCUCGCAAACGCUCUGCCAUCACCGAUGCCCAAGAGGCUCAGAAGAGACGGGGACAGCACUCGCUUGCUCAGGACCUUGACGAGAGGGGAAAGUGGCUCAAGUCUGUCGACUCUGGUCUUCGUCUCAUGCUUCAGAUUUGA